AUGGCUCAAACGCUGGAGAAGCAUCAUGUCGUCUGGUAUCGGUCGACCCUGUUUGCAGCCUUGCUGGUCGCAAUGACAGCAUUCUGCGAGCCGGGAAUAUUCAGCGCCUUGAAUGGCAUGGGGGCCGGUGGUGGAGCCAGUCCAGACAUCACGAAUGCCGCAAAUGCGAUCGUAUUCGGCGUCUUGGCCGUUGCGAGUCUAUUCACCAGCGGUGUUGUGAACCGAAUAACUCCCAAAUGGGGCCUGGUGAUUGGAACGCUCGAUUAUACUCCAUAUGCUGCCGGUCUAUAUUGUAACGACCGAUUCGGCACCAACUGGCUAUUGCUGUUUGGAUCCGUCAUCCUGGGCCUCGCUGCUGCGUUCCUAUGGGUGUCAUCGGGUGCGAUACUGCUAGGCUACAGUGAAGAGUCCAGGAAGGGUCGUGCGAUGGCCUUCAAGUUCGGUCUCCAAUCCCUCGCCGGGUCCAUUGGAGGAAUCAUCAGCCUCGCGUUGAACAUCAAAAAGGCUUGGCGAGGGUCGAUUAGCACGCCAACGUAUGUGGUGCUCAUGGUCAUCAUGAGUGUUGGCUGGCUCUUCGCUCUGGCUUUGCCAACCGCUCGACAGAUCCAGCGUGUAGACGGGCGACCUGUCCAUCUCGUAAAGCAAGCAACCUUCUUCAAGGAGUUCCGAGUGCUCAAAUCGAUCUUCACUCGGCCAGCAAUACUAGCGCUGAUCCCUUUCUGGAUUUAUGGCCAAUGGAACCUGUCUUAUCAGUGGCAGUUCAAUUUCGCAUACUUCACGGUAAGAGCGCGGGCCCUGAACAGCACGCUGUUCUACCUCGUUGGCCUGGUAUCGGCGCUGGUCCUCGGACAGCUGCUGGACCACACUCGCUGGUCUCGUCCAGCCCGGGCGAAGAUUGGCUUUCUGGUGCUUGUUGUUUUGGUCGGGACUGGUUGGAUUCUUGGCCAAGCUGUGCAGGUCCAUUACUCCAACACAAAGCCUACCCUGGAUUGGUCGUCAGACGGCUACGGCCUAGGCGCGUUCCUGUUCACGCUCUGGGGCUUCUGUGAUCCGAUGGUCAGCGUAUUCAACUAUUGGCUUUGCGGCUGCCUUUCGAAUGACCUCAACGAAACAACGAUGAUCACGGCCCUCAUCAACUCCAUCAGCUGCUUGGGCUCAACAUUCGCUUUCGUGGUGUCGGCGGUCCAUGUCGACUACAAUUGGGCUUGUGGUAUCAACCUGUUACUGUUCGGAAUUUCUCUGCCAGGAGUAGCUUGGGUCGUCUUCACGCAGAUUAUGGAAACGACACAAAGCACAUUCGCCAAAGGGGCCGGUCUAGCAGUACACGAGUCUGAGAAUGUUGCACCGUCAGCGAGCGCGAAUGAAGAGAAGGGCAGUAGAUUCAUCGUCAAAGAAAUACCCCAGUAG